AUGCCAGAUACGGUUAAGUCUCUCAAGAUAGAAAAUGAUGAAUUGAAGAAACAAGUUAUUGGAUUGAAAGUAGACCUCAAGCAUUUUCAAGAAUCAAUACUAAAAAAGUUUCGAGACAUGCCCUCUAAAAUGGCCACAACUUCGCCAUCAACUAAUAGUGAUAUAGUUAAAAGCCUUGACUAUCUCAGUGAUGCGUACGAUGAUCUGAAGCCGUUUCGUGCAUUUGCGGAGAAAGAAUUUAAACGCUUCAAUGAACGCCUUGAUGACCUAUAUAGUCGCUCGAAUGAAAUUGCUAUAGCCGUAGACGAAAUGCAAAAGUACAGUUACCAAUAUAAUCUGAAAAUCCUUGGCCUUCCGGAGAGUGGCCACGGAAGAGAAACGGCGGACGUUUCAACCGACUUAUGCAUUCGCUUGUUCAAAGAGAUGGGUGUCGAAGUGAACGCUUACGACAUUGACAUUGCACAUCGAAUCCCCAUGAGAAAUGCCAGCGCUGGACCGAGACCUAUUAUUUGCAAAUUUACUCGUAGGCUUGUCAGAAAUAAAAUCAUUGCAGCAAGAAAAGAAGCAACGAACGUAAGAGCCGAAACUAUUGGUCUCCAAUCUAACCCAGACGCUUCUCCAAAUCGCAUUAUGAUUGUGGAACAUCUUACACCGAAGACACAAGUUCUUUUCAAUGAAGCGAAACGAUUCCAGAAUCAGCAUAAUUACAAGUUCUGUUGGGUGAAAAAUUUUACUAUUUUUCUGAGGAAGGCUGAAGAUAGUAAUCAUAUCCAGAUUCGAUGCUCACAAGACCUGGCGAAACUGACCGAGUAA